CCAAAAUGGCGGCGUUUUUGUUCUGGAAUUCAAUUCGGCAAAAGAAAAGGGAAAAUUAGAACAUCUAAGAUAUCUGUAGAAAGCCGAUGGAGCACAAGAUGUACUGUAAAGUACUGAAGAUAUCUUUUCGACGGUAGAUUCGAGAUGGAAAUGGAUAACGAAAUGGUAGGAAGUGAUUCUAGUGUUGUGCCUGGAAAACCUCCCAAACUGCCAUUCUCUCGACAUGUCAAAAGACAUUCUUUACAAUCUGGCGAGAGUCUGACAAAAUUUAACAAGUUGACAAGACAUUCGAGUCAACCUAGACUUCGAAAAGAUAAAAUUUCGGGGUCUUUAACUAACUUACAUCUGGACUCUUUGCAUAAAUCUUCAAGUCUAGCUCAGUUGAGCACCCAGUCCCUUGGUACAUCUGGUAAGACACUUAGUGCUAGUAAUCUUGCUGCUAUUUCAGACUCGAACCUUUCCAUCAAAGAGGCAGUAUUGCCAAGGAGUUAUGACCAACCAAACUCUUCGUAUUCAGCUGUCAAGAAACAUUUUGAAUUCGUGGUAAAGAGAUAUUUUUAUCAGCUUACAGAAGGAUGUGGAGAUGAGAAUUGUACCAACAGGUUUUGUUGUUCUGGUGAAAUGGGAUCCAACUUUAGUCCCCAAUUAGCAGCAAUUGUCAGUAUAGAACUUGCAUCUCGCAACCAAAAGUACUUUUGUGUCAAAGAAACAUGCAAGAGCCUUCCUGAAAAUCUGUUCGAUGGAGAACCAGACGUGCCAAGACCAUUCUUACACUGCUUGUUUUCUACAACCCCAUUUCUGUCCUUAUUUGAAUCAAAUCCAAUGUCAAAUCUUUCUAGAUGUGGAAGCUUUUCAUCUGUCAGAGGAUCGCUAAGCAGUUUAGUACAAAUAUCCAAAGAAAAGUCACUUUCACAUUCAAGUCUCCGGUUGACAAGUAAUCCAGACCUUACUAACCAACACACAGAAUAUUCUGGAUCAAUCCAAAACUUAAAACCAGAAGGAAAAAAUCCACUUCCUAGUCAUCCUAUUAAUUUAGAUGUGGAAUUUUCAAAGCUGAACUUGUCAGGAAAUUUAAUGAAUGAAGUGGAAUUGCCAGAUUUGGCUUGGGAUUUACAUGGGUCAAACAGUUCUCUCAAUGAAAUUAUUCCACUAGAGGAAUUUGAAAAGGAAUGCGCUCUUGAAAUGUCGUCAGGAUAUCAAGAGAUACAAGAAUUUUCCCUGACUCACUUGACCCUCCAAAUGCUAGAAUCUUCAAUUUCUAACUACAAAGAGUGCCAUGACCCAUCUUUCCUUCUAAAUACCAUAAGAACUGUAUUCACUUCUAUAGAAGCUCUGAAUGAAAGUUUCAGAAAAGAAUCUAUUUUUAAUGAACCAUGGGAUGAACUAGACAUUUCAGCUGUUCGGAAAGCAUACAAGCUGUUGAUGAGUCUUGAACCAAGAGAAACGUUUGUCAYGCCAUUGGUCAAUGCAACUGAAAUCCACCUAAUGACAUUAGAAUCAUUCAUCACCUCACCUGAUGAAGUGUAUCAGCUUGUUAUUUUGUUAGAGAAUCCCAUGCUGCACAAGUCACAAGACCUCCUGCGUAAAAUUUGCUCAGUUCUCAACAAACUGCCACAAGAAACCCGCAAGGCACUGGUCACCAUCUUCUCACGAUAUGAGUGUGAUGCUUUUAAAAACCUAAUACAGGUUUUCCAUGCAUUUCUUGGUGAACAUGUGCACCCUAACCAAUGUACUGAACCACAUCUAAUAGAGAUAUGCAAAGUGGUGGCUAUCUUCCAUGAUGCUUACAUGCUAGCAAGUCAAGCUACAACAGCAGACAAUAUUCCUUCGGUUUCUUUAUUCUACUCUGAUGAUCUUUCUAAGAAGCUAGAUUUUAAGAAGGAAUAUGAAAAUUGGAGACUAAUAAAUAGUUGUGAUGCUCCAGAGAAUGAUAUUUCAGUUUUGGAUUUUCCAUACUUAUUUGACCCAGCAUCCAAGGUUAGAGUCAUGCACAUUGAUGCCGUCUGGCAGAUGCGAGCUGAGUACCAAAAUGCUAUUGUACAUCAAGCAAGAGUGCAACAAGCACAAAAAGUGUUUGAAGAAACAGACAGAAGUAACAAACUUGGAGAUGUUGUCAAAUCAGCUACAUGUCCCUUCUUGGUUCUUUCUAUUCGACGGGAUUAUAUUAUUAGAGACACUCUUAAUCAAAUACACUUGAAGGAGGGUGAUCUCAAAAAACCCUUAAAGAUCAAGUAUGUUGGUGGAGGUGAGCAGGGUCUAGACAUGGGAGGUCUGCAGCGGGAGUUUUUUCACAUGAUUGUAGAUUCCAUUUUUGAGUCAGAUUUUGGCAUGUUCACUUACCUUGAGGAAACUAGAUCAGUAUGGAUCAAUGGCUCUUCCUUGGAAUCAGAGAUGGAGUUUGAGUUAGUUGGCAUCAUUCUAGGAUUAGCUAUUUAUAAUGGCGUAAUUCUUGAUGUCCACUUUCCUUCUGUGAUCUACAAGAAGUUACAAGGAUACAAACCAAAUAUACAGGAUUUGAUGGGCGUUCAACCAUCUCUAGCAAGGAGUUUGAGAGAACUGUUGGAGUUUCAAGGAGAUGUUGAAAAUGUAUUUUGUUAUACUUUUCAGAUAUCUGAUGUUGUGUAUGGCAAGGUAAUCAACAUUGAUCUCAUUCCUAAUGGAUCAGAAGUCCCAGUAACCAAAACCAACAGAAACAAGUUUGUAGAUUUGUAUGUGAAAUAUAUCCUGGUUGAUUCUGUGGCCAAACAGUUUGAUGCUUUUGCCAGAGGAUUUCAUAAGGUAUGUGGAGGUGCCACUCUAACACUUUUUAGCCCAGAAGAACUUGAGCUUCUAAUCUGUGGUUGUCCAGUCCUGGAUUUUAGUGACCUUGAGGUGGCAGCUACAUAUGAAGAUGGUUACUCUCCAGAACACCCUACGAUCAAGAUGUUAUGGAAGGUGUUCAGUGAAAUGAGUGUGCAGCAGAAAAAGGCAGUCCUUAUGUUUGUUACUGGUAGUGAUAGAGUACCCUUAAAGGGAUUAGCAAAUUUGACAUUUAUAAUCCAGAAGCAUGGUCCUGACUCUGAUAGACUUCCAGCUGCCUUGACUUGCUUUAAUCGACUAUUGUUACCCUCAUAUGACAACCAAGACAAACUGAAAGAGAGGUUAAUUGUUGCUAUAGAGAAUAGCAAAGGGUUUGGACUGACAUAAAUCAAUAUGUUUGGAUGUAGUAAAUACUUAUAUUUUAUUAACAUUUUAUAUUUAAUUGUAUUAGGCACAUGUGUGUGAGUGUGGUAUGUGAUAUUGAAAUCUAUUAUUACUGGUAACGAAUUUAAGAGAAUAUAUUUGUCUUUUCCUGAAGAAAUAUGCAAACUCCCCCCCC